GAACCUCAAUGUACAACCUACCUCCUUGAAUAACCUUGACCGGCUCACAAAUAGGGCAUCCAAUUAAUUUUCACAACAAAGUCUCCCAAGUUUCCCGCAUGUAAUCGGCCAUCGGGUAAUCACCACAAACGCCGUCAUGGAUCUGCUCUCGACGGUCCGAAAAUCAGGCUCGCGCGGAGGCGUCAAUUUCAGCUGGGAAGAGGUCGCCACAUCCACACACCGCGAAAACUAUCUGGGACACAGCCUGAAAGCACCCGUAGGCCGGUGGCAGCAAGGACGAGACCUCAACUGGUACGCCAAGGCCGACCCAUCGCCAGCGGGCGCCCCAACAACAGGCGAAGAAGGCGACGAGACAGCGGAGGAGAAAAGAGCGCGCGAGCGGCGCGAGGAGCUCCGGAAGAUUAAGGAGGCUGAGGAAGACGCAAUAGCGCGGGCUCUCGGUCUUCCUGUUCCGGUCCGUGACGCGUCGGGAGCAAAUGCGACAGAGGUUGGCCCUUCGGCCAGGAUGGGUGCCGACACUAAGGGAGGACUGGUCAAGAACGAGGGGGACACAGAGGCGCGCCAGAGUCGGAGGAAAGACGACCGGGAAAAGCGCAGGCACAGGGACUCUGACCGGCAUCAUGGAAGGAGACACCACCAUCGCGAGAGGAGUCGAUCUCGUGACCAGAGCCGCGAGAGGCAUUCGAGGAGGCGGGACGAGUCAACUGAGAGAUCAUCUCGGCGUGAGCACCACAGGAGGAGACAUCGGAGUCGAAGCCGACGGCGGGAUCAUGGAAGGGAUGGGGAUGCCGGCGCAAGGCGUUCAGACCAUGACGAAGCCGCAGACAAUGGGCGCGACAGGGGGGCAAUAAGUCGGCGAAGUAGGAGUCGCGAAAGGCACAGGCCGCGGUCCAAGGAGAGGCGAAGGAGUCGUAGUCCACGAGGUGAGAAAUCACGCGAGGAUCGUCACCAAAGAGGUCGUGAUGGGAAAUAGACUGUUUAACAAUGCCAUCUCACCUUUUUGUGAUGGUGGACAGUUAAUUUGGAAUGAAUAGCAUGUAGCCUUAUGGCAUUGUCUUGCCCUCGGAGCAAACGAUUGUGUAUAAUUCGGCGCUAACUAAAAAUUGGAGAUUGAAAAUUGAAAAUGAUGAAAGACUUGU